GAAGCGGAUGAAGCGGUGUGUCUGAUGUUAGAGGAGCACUAGAUGAGUCCAGGACAACAUCACACAGGAGCUGCAGAGAAGUUGUCUGCGGACAGGACAUUUCUCCCAUAACAAGGGCAUCUGCCUCUCUCUCCAGCUGCCAGCAUGAUGAAGGACUGCCUGCAGUUCCUUAUCGAGCCGGCCAAAAAGCUCAAGAUCCGACUCAAGGAGUCUCGUAAGCGAGUUAAACUUGAGAAGAAGGAGCCGCUGGUGGAGAGUCAGUUAUUUAUCAUGGAAUUGGCUCGAGAACUCAACAGAAUUUGCCAAAGGUCCAACAUCCUUGGCCACAUCUGGACCAGUGAGGACAUCUGGCCGGCCAGUGUGUGUCGUGAUUUUAUUGUGGAAUGGGCUGCAGUGUUGGAGAAGAGAGUGCAGCCGAGGCUCAUCCUGUCUGAGUACCAGUAUGAGAAACCAGAGAAGAAAGACUGGAAGGGACACCUCCUCUGCAUACUGGAGGCAGGGGGAGAGUGCGACAUGGGGCCCCACAAAAGAGUCAUCAUGGAGUGGGCUCGGGAGAUUAAAAGCAGACCUCAGCCCACCGUCUGGCCAGGUGAGCCUGUGCUCAUGAUGCUCGACGACCUGGAGUUCCAGUGGAAGAGGGGUCGUCUCCCCAACCUGCUCCCAGCCGUGGAGCUGGUCAUACUGGCUGUGAUGAACGCUGACAACCCCGUCAAGGAGGAUGUGACAAAGCAAUGGCUGGUGAGAAAGCAGAGGAGCCAGAAGACUGACGCUGUCCGCUACAUCCCCCACAGCGUGUGGAAUUGGAUUUGCGAUGCUGCAGAGGACGUCACUCUGGACUCGGACUCAGCCAACCCUGACCUGCUCAUCUCCAACGAUGAAAAGCGCAUGCGGUGUGGCCUGGAGCGCCGGGAGGCCCCGCGGUGCCCGCGCCGCUUCAACGGCUGGUGGUGUGCCGUGGGCCAGGAGAGCUACGCCUCGGGACGCCACUACUGGGAGGUGGAGGUGGGCGAGCGGGACUGGAGGCUCGGCGUGGCCAAGGCGUCCGCGGUGAGGCAGGGCUUCCGCUCGCUCACCACAGACACAGGCUACCUGACCCUCCGUCUGGAGAGAGGCACGGAUCUGAAAGCCCUGACGGUGCCCACCACCACGCUGUCACAGAGCCUGGUGCCCAGGAAAGUAGGGGUGUACCUGGACUAUGAGCAGGGCCAGCUGUCUUUCUACGACGUGGAGAAGCGCUCCCACCUCUACACCUACAACGACAAGUUCACAGAGGAACUGUACCCCGUGUUUGGGACUGUGGAGGUGGUCAAAGACCUGGUGAUCAGGCCUGCAGAUGUCAGACAGCCAUGCCUCUGCCCCGGACCCUGCCUCUGGACCUGAACACACAUCAAUCACUGCUCAGUCCUGAUCAUCAGCAGCCCACAGAGUCUGCGCUUUUAUUCCGCUCUGUUAUUUAGUGAAUUUGAAUCUCGUGUGCUGGUUCUGGACUAAAAGUCUGACUCUUUCUGCGGGUUGCCUUGCGAGGUCGCACAGGGACGAGAACCGCCAUCAUUCUUCAUUACACUUUCUGUUACUCUGCCUUCAUGGAGACAUACAGUAUUUGACUAUUUGUAUUGUAAGGAUGAGUAUUUUUAGGCUGUCGGGUCAAAACCUCAAAAACCAGCCUUGUUUUUAGCUGAACGGAAAACAUUUCUUUCUACACUGUUCAAUCAGUUGAAGUGAAAACAUCAAAUAUAAGUUUUUCAUGCCACAAUGGAGAUAUGGAAAUGUAUAUUUUGAUUGCUUUUUUAUUACAUAGAGAUGAAACUUGCAAACUAACUGAUAAAUGUUAUAAAAGCAUGAAAACAGGAUGUGUGACCAGCUGUUUAGAACCUCAGUGCAUCUGAUGAGGGCUUGCAGAUAAUUAUAGACUGAGCUGACGCAUGUGAAGAGUUAAUUCUCACUGUUUGCUUCUUUGUCUCCUGCAAACAUUUGUCAGGCUUGUUUCUUCAGCUGUGUUUGUUUAUUGUUUAUGCAUGCAUUAAGAUGGCUUUUUUUCCCCUCAAAAUUUCAAUAAAUUGACUGGACAUGCU